AGAGGAGAGUGAGCCCGCGAGAUGUGGGCGCAGGGGAACAGGCUAAGGGUUCAAGGCGCCGAGUGGACAUGUAAACGAAGGACUGGGCACACAAGCGCUAGGAAUGGGAGCCGACAAGGGUAUCAGGAGGGCUGGACACUGAUAGAAGACACCGUGUAGGCUAGGACAGGCUUGGCACAUUGUGUGCCAGGCAUACACAUAGGGCUUGGGCACAUAUAUUGGUAUAGGGCGCCAUGCAUGGGGUGGGCAUUAAGGGCACUGGGCACAAGAUAGGCAUAGGGGAGGGCAGUGGGGAUGGGAUGGACAUAGAGGAAAGGUAUAGUAGUGAGCAUAGGGGCACCAGGCAUGGGUCAUGAACACUUUAAGUGGGCACAGAUGUGGAAACGAGACAGGCAUAGGGAUAUGGAAGUGAGCAGAGAGCAUGGGCACACAAUGGGGAUGUAGACAUGGGAUAUGAGCACAGGUGGGCGUCAGGUGGGAAUGCCCUGUCUUGGCCCAGCCCCCACAGUCUUGGUGCCCGUAGAACUGUGCGCCCACCUGCAAGAUGGUGACCGAGAGCCUGAGUACCAGAUCUGUUUGUGCUUUGGCGAGGAGUACCCGGGGCCCCCAGACCAGCCCGAGGAGCAGCUCGUCAUGGCCCAUCUACAUAGCCCUGAUUGCCAUGGCCAUCCAGAGCUCCCCAGGGCAGCGGGCCACCCUCAGCGGAAUCUACCGCUACAUCAUGGGCCGCUUCGCUUUCUACCGCCACAACCGGCCCGGCUGGCAGAAUAGCAUCCGCCACAACCUGUCACUCAACGAGUGCUUUGUCAAGGUGCCCCGUGAUGACCGCAAGCCAGGCAAGGGUAGCUACUGGACGCUGGACCCCGACUGCCACGACAUGUUCGAGCAUGGCAGCUUCCUGCGCCGACGCCGACGCUUCACCCGGCGGGCAGGUGCUGAGGGCAUCAAGGGCCCUGCCAAGGCACGCCGUGGACCCCUCAGAGCGAGCAGCCAGGACCCAGGAGUUCCCGAUGCCACGACUGGCAGGCAGUGCCCAUUCCUGCCGGAGCUGCCAGAGCCCAAAGGCCUGAGCUUUGGGGGCCUGGUGGGAGGCUUGCCAGCCAGCAUGUGCCCUGCAACCACUGACGCCAGGCCUCGGCCACCUGCGGAGCCCAAAGAGAUGCCUGCACCCAAGCCAGCAGGCCCUGGGGAGCUCCCUGUGGCCACCUCAUCUUCCCCAUGCCCAGCUUUUGGCUUUCCUAUGGGCUUCUCUGAGGCUGAAGGCUUUAGCAAGGCCCCUACACCCAUCUUGUCCCCUGAGGCAGGCAUUGGAAGCAGCUACCAGUGCCGGCUGCAGGCGCUGAAUUUCUGCAUGGGGACUGACCCAGGCCUCGAGCACCUCUUGGCCUCAGCAGCCCCCUCCCCCACACCAUCCACCCCUCCAGCCUCACUCCGGGCCCCACUGCCCCUGCCUGCUGACCCCAAGGAGCCCUGGGUUGCAGGCAGCUUCCCCGUCCAGGGAGGAUCCAGCUACCCAUUGGGGCUGACCCCCUGCCUAUACCGGACACCAGGAAUGUUCUUCUUUGAGUGAAGCCAUCCCGGGCCUCUGCCAAUUAUACCCUCCAGGCUGAGCCUAACUAGGAUCUGAGGAGCUCCCCAAAGACCCAGGUCUGGCAGCCAACAACUGGGACAGGAAGCCAAGACUGGAGUGGUGAACACUCAGCCAGCCCCUAAGGCCCCUGGACUUGGGGGUGAGGGGAGGCAGGGUCCUACUGGGAUUUACUCUGUGGCUCUCAGGGCCAAUAAAGCCAGUGUGAUGAUGAAG